UAGCUGGAUUUCAUCUCUACUGUUGACUUUCCACAGACCUGAAGAGCUGAGCAACGUCCGGCAAUGUGCCUCUAAUGGGCAUUAAAAAACAACUUUUUCUUUUUGAUCUGGGCAUUUAAUAAAAUCCUUCGACGCUACGUCUUGAAAAGCACAGGACUUUGAUAAGGAAUAUUUUUUUUCGAGUUGCUGUUGAUUUACCAAAGAUGUCUAUAUUGCCUUUCACUCCUCCGAUUGUGAAGAGACUGCUGGGCUGGAAAAAGGGCGAGCAGAACGGACAGGAGGAGAAAUGGUGUGAGAAGGCAGUGAAGAGUCUGGUGAAGAAGCUGAAGAAGACAGGACAGUUGGAGGAGUUGGAGAAAGCCAUCACCACCCAGAAUAUCAACACCAAAUGCCUCACUAUACCGAGGUCUCUGGAUGGCCGACUGCAGGUAUCUCAUAGAAAAGGGCUUCCCCAUGUGAUCUACUGCCGGCUGUGGCGCUGGCCUGACCUGCAGUCCCACCACGAGCUGCGUGCUGUAGACUUUUGUGAGUUUGCCUUCCAUACGAAGAAGGACGAGGUGUGUGUGAACCCUUACCACUACCAGCGUGUAGAGACACCAGUUUUGCCUCCAGUCCUGGUUCCUCGGCAUGCUGACAUUUCCACAGACUUCCUUCCGCUGGAUGAUUUCAUCCCUGAAAACACCAUAUUCCCCGCGGGCAUUGAGCCUCCGAGCAACUAUAUACCGGAGACCCCUCCUCCAGGUUACCUGAGUGAGGAUGGGGAAACCAGCGACCACCAAAUGAACCACAGCAUGGACACAGGCUCCCCAAACCUUUCACCCAACCCUGUCUCUCCUGCAAACAACAACCUAGAUCUGCAGCCGGUAACUUAUUGUGAAUCAGCAUUUUGGUGCUCAAUUUCCUACUAUGAAUUGAAUCAGCGUGUGGGCGAGACUUUCCAUGCCUCGCAACCGUCUCUGACUGUAGACGGCUUUACAGAUCCCUCUAACGCAGAGCGCUUCUGCCUGGGCCUGCUGUCCAAUGUCAACCGCAAUGCAGCUGUGGAGCUGACGCGCAGACACAUCGGCCGAGGUGUGCGUUUGUAUUACAUCGGCGGUGAGGUGUUUGCUGAGUGUCUGAGCGACAGUGCUAUUUUUGUGCAGAGUCCGAACUGUAACCAGCGGUAUGGCUGGCACCCCGCCACAGUAUGUAAGAUUCCUCCAGGCUGUAAUCUGAAGAUCUUCAAUAAUCAGGAGUUUGCAGCUCUGUUGGCCCAAUCAGUGAAUCAGGGAUUUGAGGCUGUUUACCAGCUAACCCGUAUGUGCACCAUUCGCAUGAGUUUUGUCAAAGGCUGGGGGGCAGAAUACAGGCGGCAGACAGUGACCAGCACCCCCUGCUGGAUAGAGCUGCAUCUCAAUGGGCCCCUGCAGUGGCUGGACAAGGUGCUCACUCAGAUGGGCUCUCCGAACCUCCGCUGCUCCAGUGUGUCAUAGGACAAACCCUCAGCCCGUUUCAUGUAACCAUACCCUUCUAAUGACAUCAUCUAUUGCUGCUGAAAGCCAAGCAAACAAACAGAGCAAAACCAAGAACGGGGGAGACAAACACCUGCUGGACUACUCAGUGUCACUUUAUCAUUUACAGAUCAUUAUAUUUUGCCGUGGGCAAAAAUAGGCACGUACAGUUGAAGCACUUUGAACAAUGACACUCGAGGAGUGGAUGAUAAUCCACAGUGUGAUGAGUUUAAAAUGAGGCACUUUCCUCAUUCUGAAUUUAAAUGUGAUAAUGAAAUUAUGAUUUUGUCUGUUUUUGUUUUGAUCAAGAAGUGUGUCAUGAAUUUAAUUUGAUCUGAAGGUAUUCGAAUUAUAGGCUCGGAAUAUGAUUGCUUAAAGGGGGGGUGAAAUGCUCGUUUUCACUCAAUCUCCUGUUAAUCUUGAGUACCUAUAGAGUAGUACUGCAUCCUUCAUAUCUCCAAAAAGUCUUUAGUUUUAUUAUAUUUAUAAGAGAAAUGACGUGUGUGCGGAGCUAAAGAAUCACCAGCGAGAGUAGGCUUUUGCGUUGAGCGUGUCUGGGAGCUGUGACAUUACCGUGAGGAAAAACCCAUCAUCCAAAACAAACCAUGGCUAACAGUCAGAUUCAGCCGUUUAUUUAUGAUCCAGAAUCAGAUCCCGAGGCUGAAACUGAACAAGAGCGGCAGCAUCAACGACUACAGCAGGACGUCUCUAUGUGGUAUGUAUUUAAACUGUAUAUAUUUGCUUAGCGGUUUUGGAAAAUGACUAAGUUCCACUUUAUGUCGUCUUUUUUUUUCUUUAAAGGUGUACAAGGUUUACUUGAUGUGCUUAUGUACCGAUAGCUAAGUUAACAACGCAGAGAUAUUUGAAGCAGUUUUACUCACCCCCUGCGGUUCCAACACACGAUCGUGACCCAUUUUCGGUGGGACUGCAUUAUCCUUAAGAAAUAAACGAUGUGCAAAUCCGGCGUCAAACUGGGCCUUGUUUGUAAAACAAGCAUCUUCGAAAUGCAGGGAACAAACACAAACACUUGCACAACUCCGUUGAUGCUCUGUAAAAAUAAACUCCAUCCACUGGUCCCUUAAUGUUUUUUUUUUGGUAAUCUGUGCAGGGUUGUCUUGCCCUCGCACACUCCUUUUGUGACAUUUCGCUCUCGCUCUGAUCAGUGAAUGUCUCUGCUCUGCUAUACGGGAGCGCGCGCUCUUUUCCGGCAGAAGUGCCCUUAGGACCCAUAUAAGGAAAUUCCGCUCCAUCUAACGUCACACAGAGCCAUACUCGAAAAAAAACUUUCCGAAACUUAUGACAAACUGGAAGGAGUAUUUUUGAAACUAAAUAUUUGAAACUUUGUCCAUGUUUAGCAUGGGAAUCCAACUUUUUAACAGCAUAAAAAACUCAGUAUGCAUGAAAUAGCAUUUCACCCCCCCCCCCCCCUUUUAAAAUCAUAAACAUCCUCAUAGGGGGCCUCAAAGAGUGCUUUGUUUCCACCACCUUCAGUGAAGGGGUCUUGUGUCAACUUUUACAGCGUGUUAGCCUGAAGCUAGAGCUUCAGGAAUCUGUUUGUGUAGGUUUGCUCGAGUAAACUGCACUGCACUGGACAGGUCAGUAUACGGUGUGAUUGCCAUUGGUCUCAUGCACAGUCGACCAUGUUUGUAUACUUCUGACAGGAACCGUGUGUGUCGAAUUAUAACAGAGGUACUUAGCCUUGAUUAUGAAAAGCACUUAUUUUUUUACAACCAAGUGAUGGUGUGAACUGCAAAAUAGCAUUGGAAAUUUGUUAGUGACAAAUGCUAGUAGCUAAUACUGCCAUUUUAUUUCUUUAACUUGAUGGUAACUGUUCAAAUUUUCCUCAGCAAAGACAUUUUUGUAUUAAGUAUUUUUGCAUUAUAAGCAGAAUGGAGAUCGUGGAAGUAUAUUUUUACUGCUGCCCUAGGGUAUUCACCGUCAUGUUACACAUAGAUAUAAAACAAAAAAUGCUCCAGGGCUUUUGAAACUACAUUUCAAAGAUAAAGAUUUCUACAGAAUUUUGACUGUUGUCAGUAAUUUAGUGAUGAUUUAUAGCAUCAGAUUUUCAGCGAACUGCACCAGGUUUUAUCGAAAUGACAGGAUUUUGCCUGUGAAAAAUUCACAGAACCAUUCAUGUGACCACACCAUGUCAUAAUGAUAUAUAUAUAUAUAUAUAUAUAUAUAUAUAUAUAUAUAUAUUUUUUUUUUCAUUUCAGCAAUCGCUUGAUUUCAUUGUCCUUUUGUUGAAUCUGUUCAGUGUAUGAUUGGCGCAUCAAAGGGAUAUCUCCAACUCAGGACUAUCAAUCCAUUCUCAAAACUCAUGAAACAACUAACAGCAUUUCAUAUCUCUACAUUCUACAAUAUUUUACUGUCAGUGAUUUCGGAGAAGUUAUUGAUGGGGUUUAGUUUUUUUUUUUUUUACAGAAAAAUUGAGUGCAAAGUACUGCUGGCAGCUCUUGGAAUGCUUGUAUUUUUAUGUAAAAAUGUAUUUCACAAGACAAUAAUGUAAAUGACUAGACUUUUAUGUGGACCCUUUGCUCAUCGGGGUAAUUCUGAUUCCUUGAUUUGUUAGUACUGACAUUUAACAACUCAGUGCACGGCCUGGCUUUUAACAACAUAAAUCAGCAAUCAAAAGCAUGUUCCUCAUUUUUAUUGGGUGAUGUCUGGUCUCAAGAAAAAAAGCUCUGAAUCACCAAUCAUAAAGAUCCUGACAAUCUCUGCUUGAUUUUCGAAAAUCAUAUUGAUGUUUCACUGAACAACUUACGCUUGUGUUUGAUUCCCCCAAGCUGAUUUUACUAUGAAUCUUACCGGCUCUUCAUCUGUGACUCAACAGGGCCAAAGCACACAGUGGACUGUUGAUAUUUUAUUGAAAUUUGUAUGGAAUAUUGCUUCUAUACUGCUUAUUUUCUUGCACUCUUGAUUUGGAAGCAAAAUGAAACAUUCUUUGUCUUAUAGUGUCAGUAAUUUCAUUCAUAUUCUGAAACUGGUACUUCGUUCUUGUUUGCCCUGAAUUUCCCUUUUGCUUUUCUGUAACAUACACUCGCAUUAUCUUGCAUUCAUGAUCAUAUUGACUUUUAUGUAAGUUUUAAUAAUAAAAGAACAUAAUUUCAGACUUUU